AUGAAGCGGGCCUUCUUCCGCUUCUGGCGGCUGCCCAGGGAACGAAUUCUGACGCAACGGCUCGUCGAACGCACUUCCGCUCGCAAUGCCGCCGUGUUGGCCGCCGGGAUCGGUACGUCUCUCGGCGCUUAUCAAUUGGUCGCGACUGCGAAAGCGGGCAUUUUAGGUCAGUUUGCACAAUACACGUUUUUUAUUGAAAAUCAUCAAGAAUUUAAAGUUGUGCCUGUCUCAAUUUUUUUGUCGCUUUGACUGCUAAAAAAUGAUAGCAAAAAGACUGCAAAAUCUGAUAAAAGACUUGCCUUGCUUUAGUGAAGACUUUUCAAUGAUUCAGAUGGGAGCGACGACGACGCGACCCGUCACAACGUGACCACCGACCACAAACUGACGAAGCGGGAGCUGCGAUUCCUUCAGUUCGCCUCCGUCGAGUACGACGACGUCAUCUACAUGAGUCCGAUGGAUUUCAUCGAUUCGCUGACGCUGGACGCGCCGAGGGAACGGGUCUAUCGACGAGUUCUGAAGGAGAAGGACAUGCAGAGAAUUCUAUCAAAAACGCCGCCGUUCCGCAACGGAAGCAAGAACUUUUUCCGGCACAUGGACCAGCACGGAAUCAUCUCCUACUCUGAGUACAUAUUCCUGCUCACCCUGCUCACUAGUCAGUGCUUCAUUCUCUCUCUGUUUCUAGAUUUCGCUUCAGAAUCGAAAGCAGCGUUCCGAAUCGCGUUUCUGAUGUUCGACGAAGACGAUAACGGUAACAUUGAUCGUGACGAAUUCAUGUUGGUCAGUCGUUUUUCCUUCCGUUCUGUCCCCAAAUUUUUCUGACAUUGCGAGAAGAAAAUGCAGAGAGAAGUGCGAUAUUUGCUUGCUUUUUCGUGUGAUGACCGUAGUUGGAGUAGUGCGAGUGAAAUGAAAUUACCUGAUUUUCGUUGAUUGCAACUGAUGAAAGAGUAUGGAUUUUUGCUUGAGUAACUCGAGUUUUGACUGAUAAUUGAUUAUGCUGAAUGGUUAUUUUCUAUUGUAUUCGGAACGCGCUGCCAGUUCAGUUGAAACUAUCAAAAAGGGAGUAUCCGGGAAACAGUUGCUCAAAUUUGUGAGUUCGCCGUUUUGUGAAAUAUUUCAAAUGCGUUCCAUUGCAAACAAAGACCAAAUUCUCAAUUUUGUCUGCAAUGAAGCACACUUGCAUCAUUUGCCUUUCCCUGGAUUUCCCUGGAUAAGCCUUAAAAACUUAAGUUCGCUUACCUUUUCCCUUUGCCUUAACACAUAAGUUUUCGACAAAAUACUAUGACGUACUCAUUUACUCACUCCUUUUUUUACAUUAUCCCCCCGAAAAACGUCCCCGUUGUUCAGAAUAGCCGUAAAGUAGAAUCGUACGAAUUUAGAUCCGUAGUCUAACGUCGUCGCUUCGCUCAACGACACGUGUGCAGCCGUCGAAGGGCUCCGAAGACGAGGACGGACAAGAUGUAAGCGUUUGACACCCCCCUGCCCACUCACCACGCGACUUCACCGCUUUUUCUCCACACCGUUUUCAUUUCUUUUUCUCUCUGUUGUUCAGUCCUGCCAACUCGACGCCUCCGACUAUCACUUCGUCGUCACGCGCAUCGGCGCGGAUCGUCUGUUCACCGGCGCCGAUUCGUACGCCGUUCUGUUCACCGUAAGCAUCUCCGAAAAUGUCGAUUGCAUGAAUGAGCCGGCUAGCUUCCUGUUGUCCCUCCCACAAAUAUCGCGCUUCCUUCUCCGUCUGUCCACUUCUCCGACUAUUCAACAACUCACCCUUUCCGAUAUCCAAUACGGCUCCCGAUUUUUGCAGAUUGCUCGAAUGUUCGCUUCAAAAGCCGCGACUCUUUCAGGCACCCGACUCGUUCAUGUUCUCGCCUCGAAAACUCCUCCGCCCAUUUCUCAUCUUGUUCAUUUCAGAAAAGCGAAGACGAGGUCCGCAAGCAGGACACCACUCUUCUCCUUCAUUUGUUCGGAUUGAGAGGCAACGCGAAGUUGAGCUUCGAUGAAUUCCAACAGUUAGAGCACUUCUAAACUAUUUAGUCAUUAAAAUUUGUUCUUCAGAUUCUACGAGAACCUUCAGGAGGAGCUCAUGGAGAUUGAGUUCUACGAGUUUGCACGUGGAAAGAGCACAAUCUCUCCUGUGGACUUUGCGCGUCUGAUCCUCCGCUACAGCAUCGUCAACCUCGACGACUACCAUAAAUAUCUGCAGCGAGUGCAGGAGAGAUCGGCGGACGACGAGGAAGGAAUCACGCUUCGGCAGUGGGCGACGUUCAGCCGAUUCCUGAACAACCUGGCCGAAUUCCAAAGCGCCGUCCGUUUGUACGUCAACAGCAACGUACCGGUGUCGGAGCCGGAGUUCGCGCGAGCCGUCGGAUGCACUAUCGGAAAAGAGCUGGAUCCGGUCGUCGUCUCGAUGAUAUUCCGCAUUUUCGACGAGAACAACGACGGAACACUCUCGUAUCCCGAGUUUCUGGCGGUGAUGAGCGACCGAUUGCAUCGAGGUCUUCGUGGAAGACUCGAGAAGCCGUGGGGCUGGAAACCGUUCAAAAAUUGCAUUUUAAGCGAAGUAUCCCGUGCUUAA